UCAAAAAAAAAAAGUAUAUAGCUAUUUUCUUGGCCCCUCAUAGUUACCCUGGCUGUGUUAUGCUUUCAGCACGUUGGACAGAGGCACCGGAGUCGUGCAUGGACUAAAACGCCGAGUGGACGCCAACUCUCUUUCUCUCUUUUCCCAGCCCCCCUUUGCCAAACCUGGGAUUGUUUUUUCAACUUUUGGUAAGCUUAUUCUGAAGGAGCCUGUGGUCUGUAAACGGAAAAUAAACCGGAUUCUAAAAAGAAAGUGAGGGAGAGAGCAAGAGAGAGAGAGAAAACAUUUUAAAAAAGGGGGUAAAAGAAAAGCGCUUGCCAUUAAAAGAGCUCGUGCUUCAGAUGUGUUUUUUUUCUUUUUUUCCCCUUUUUUUGUAGAGCACUGUGAAAGUUGAAAUGUUAGGGCGUCUGGUCUUUUGCACAUCACAUUCUCGGUACCUAUAAGCCCCCCCACACUGCGUUAAACUUUGGGACAUGCAAGUCUUGGUCGCGGAGAUCUAACCACGCACAUAGUGGUUGUCAGCCCUUAUAAAGUUCCACCAGGUUAGAAGAGUGAUGACCAUCCUGUUCCUUACUAUGGUUAUUUCAUACUUCAGUUGCAUGAGAGCUGCGCCCCUGAGAGAUGCCCCGGGCAUGCGGGGCCAUCGGACGGAAGGCUACUUGGGCGCUGCUGCAACGGCCGAAAGAGGCCACGGGACUCCCCAGAGCGGUGGAGGGCCAGGCCAGCGUGGGGAACUGCCCUCGCUCACAGACACGUUUGAGCAAGUGAUAGAGGAGUUGCUGGAGGUGGAGGGCGAGGCGGCGCAGCUGGGACAGGGGGCCGAUAAGAGCCAGGGAGGUGGUGGCCCAUCCUCUGUGGUCACCACGGAGGCCAAGGAUGUCGAUCUGUACAACUCGCGGGUGAUGAUCAGCAACCAAGUGCCUUUGGAGCCGCCGUUGCUCUUUCUCCUGGAGGAAUACAAAAACUAUCUGGAUGCCGCUAAUAUGUCCAUGAGGGUGCGGCGACACUCCGAUCCCUCACGACGUGGAGAGCUCAGUGUGUGUGACAGUAUUAGCCAGUGGGUGACAGCUGUGGAUAAAAAGACGGCAAUAGACAUGUCCGGGCAGCAAGUUACCGUCAUGGAAAAGGUCCCUGUCCCCAAUGGCCAACUGAAGCAAUACUUUUAUGAGACCAAAUGCAACCCCAUGGGGUACACAAAGGAGGGCUGCAGAGGAAUAGACAAGCGGCAUUAUAAUUCCCAAUGCAGGACAACCCAGUCCUACGUGCGAGCGCUUACCAUGGAUAGCAAAAAGAAGAUUGGCUGGCGGUUUAUAAGGAUAGACACUUCAUGUGUAUGCACAUUGACCAUUAAAAGAGGGAGAUAGUGUAUAAAAUGUAUAGAUUUUAUUGAAGAGUUUAAAAAAGAGAAUAAAGAGAAAAUAUCUAUUUGUAUAUAUACAUAACAGGGUAAAUUAUUCCGUCAAAUGAAAAUUUUAUGGACUGCAUGUAAAAAAAGAUGAAGUUUAUACAGUAAAAGUGAUACUACAGUCUAUUUAUUGAACAUAUUCAUGACCUUGUAAACAAUUAAAAAAAAUCUGAUCAGUCAUUUGCGCCCAGUUUAAAUUACUAUAUCACAUUCCUCAAGACAUUGUGAUUUGUUUACGUUGCCAAGAAUUAGAAAAGGAAGGGAAAAAAAUUAACAGGCAAGAAAUGAGCGAGAGAGAGAGAGAGAGAGAGAGAGAGAGACAAAGUGGGAGACAGAGAGAGAGCGAGGACAGUUCCAUCUUCAAAAGCUUGCAUGCUGCUUCAAUUGUGAAUCAAUAAAUUCUCCACUUACAGAAAAAAAAGGAUAUGAUGCUGACCAAAAAAAGUUAUUAAAAAAAACAUUCCGUUUACAUAUUCAGCAGAAAACAAUUUCCUCUCAAGUAAUUUAUCUGUUUACUGUUCUAAACUUCUCAAGGUAAUGUUGGAAUUACAUACUAUGUCAAGGUGCUGUUGUCAAAGCUUUGCUGUUUAUUUUUUUA